AUGGCUACCGACUUCCAGUCCUCUCUAUCUGCGAGCAUGCGCCAGAGCAUGGCGCCCGUUGGCCCCUCCAUCGCAAACCAGCUGCCCAACAUCAACUUUGGCUUUGACGACCUGCGCGAUCGCAUGGCAAAGUUCACGGCCCGAUUCGAUGCCUUCAUUGAGGAAGGCCGUAAGCGCGUACUCGAAGAGCGCAACCAAUUUCGCAUGAACGUUGCCGAACUUCAAGAGGAUCAACGUAUGAAGAAGCGAGACGUCGAAAUCAUUCAAGUCAAGACCUCAACACAUCAGCAAACUAUCGAGAAGGAAGAGGCUGAAACCCGUGAAAUGGAGAGCGCCAUCAAUUCUCUCGCCUCCCAACGCGACAACCACCUCUCCACGCGCGAUAGCCUGAAGGCCGAAAUCGCACAAACCCAAGCCGAAAUCGAAGCACGACUUGCCGCACAGCGCGAGUACUCCCAACAGCAGCAAGCUCAGUCUCGGUUCAACGUGCCAGAGCUGGACUUCUGGAUCACCAACCUGUGCCUCAAGAUCGAGGGCGCUGGCCACGACGACCGACUCAAAUUUGUGUACACGCACAUUGACGAAAAGGAUUGGGAGCGCGAGGCCUGGUUUGAGCUGGUGACAAGCUCACGCGACUACGAUGUGAAGCACUGCCGGCCUAAGAUUGAGAGGGAGAAGGUUGAGAAGGUGUUGGAUAAGCUGAAUGAGACAAGGGAGUUGGUGGUUCUGCUCAAGGGUAUGAGAGGGUUGUUUGUGGAAGCGAUGAAGUCUUAA